AUGAACACUAUUUGCUUAUCAAUGGAGAAUAAUAUUAAUCAUGAAGAUGAUGAACAGUCGAAUAAUUCUGAUACUAUUCAUUAUAUGACUAAUUAUACAACACAUUUAAUCAAUGAUAUCGACCAUUCAUCACUUCUUCAUCAUCAACAUCAAAGUAAUCAUGGUUAUCCUCAUCUUCAUCCUCCUCCUCCUCCUCCUCCUCCUCAUCAUCAUCAUUAUCAGCAGCACCAAGAUGAACAUUAUCACAAUUCACAGCAAUCGUAUAUACAUUACACAAUGAAUACAGAUGAGCAUUCAGAGGAAAUCAAUGCUGACACAAUCAAAAUAAUUAGUAAUACAACGAAUAGUAAUAAUAAUAAUAAUCACAAUAUGACUUCAUAUAUUGAUUGUGGAUCAAGUUUACCAGAAGAUGUAGUUAAUACUAUAGCAUCCACUACAUCUGUGACAGUUAUAAACAAUACAGACUAUUCACCAAAUCAUCAAUCUUAUUAUCAGUACUACUUACAAAGUCAACAUCAUCAUCAUCAUAAUUUAGAAGAAAAUGAAUUCAUACAAUUACACUGUAAUCAUAUAAAUUAUGAUAUGAAUUCACAUCUUCUACUUCAACAUCAUAAACAAUUAGAUCAUCAUAGACAAAUAAACAAUGAAGAAGUCAAUAAUUCUAUACAUAAAUCUCCUAAUAUGAACUCAUUUCAUGAAAUAACAACAUACAAUAAUAGAAGUAAACUGAACAGAAUGGAAACAUCAUCAAAGAUGAUUAUUUCACAAGAUGAUGAUGAAGAUGAUGAUACAAUAAAAAAUCAAAAUGUUGUCAAAUCUGGUAUACUUUGUUUAAUAUGUGAAGAUAAAGCAACAGGUAAACACUAUGGAGCCUAUUCGUGUGAUGGAUGUAAAGGAUUUUUUCGUCGUUCAGUACGUCGUAAACACUCAUACACUUGUCGACAUAAACGAUCGUGUAUUGUAACAAAAGAUAAACGGAAUCAAUGUCGUUUUUGUCGAUUUCGUAAGUGUUUUCGUGUAGGCAUGAAAGAAUCAGCUGUACAAAAAGAACGUGAUAAAAUUAGUAAUCGUCACUCAACUUUUGAGACAAAUUCAUGUGUACAAUCGGGUUUAGAUUUACAGAAAUUGAUACAAGCUGAAACAAUAGCUAAUUGUACACUUCAUCAAAAUUACUUAAAUAAAACAACGAAAUUGAAUGUCUUUUCAACAGAUCCUUUUAAACAAUCAACAAGCGUAGAAUUGAAAGAUAAUUUAGCUAAUGUAAAUGAUAUUUGUGAUUCAAUACGGACACAACUGAUAUUUCUUAUUGAAUGGGCUAAGAAUUUACCCGCGUUCACAUCAUUAUCAAUUAAUGAUCAGAUUGCAUUAUUACAAGCACAUGCUGGUGAAAUGCUUAUUCUUGGUGCUGUCUGGCGAUCAAUGACACUAGUUUCAACGUAUAAAACAAGUGUAAAUCCAUCAAAUAACUAUGAAGAACAAUCUGUAAAUGUUGGUCAGAAAAGAGACGAUAACAUUCAGUCUACUACUACUAAUAAUAAUACUACUACUACUACCAAUACUACUACUACUACUACUACUAAUUCUGUUACAUGGAAUCAUACUAGAUCAAAUAUCUGUCAAUCUAGUACCAAUAACAAGGAAGAUGAUCAAUUAAAACAAAUGAAUCAAACUGAUGAUUUACUUGAAAUAAAACAUAUUCAAUUGUCCAAUAAUGAACCACAACUUAUCCUAUUAGGUAAUAAUAGAAUAAUAUCAAGACAAAGUCCACAACCUGAAAUUUCUGAAAUCGCUGAUAUGAUAAUUAAUCAAAUUUAUUUACCAAUACAAAAUCUUUGUCUAGAAGAAGCUGAAAUUGUUUGUUUUAGAGCGAUAAUCUUUUUUGAUCCAAGUUGUGAAUCAUUAUCAGAAAAUGGGCGUCUACUUGUACGAAGUUGUCAAUAUCUUGUACAAAUGGAAUUGAUGAAUUUAAUGAAUGAAAAAUUAUAUUUACCUCAAGGUCGUUUUGGUGCCCUUCUAUUACUUAUCCCAGAUUUUCGAUCAGUCACUUAUCAUAUGAUACACAGAUUACAAAUUGCACGUCAAAUGGGUUUAACAAAAUUGGAUGGAUUAUUAUCAGAGAUUUUAUUAAAUGAUGUAAUGACCGAAUCAAGCAGUAGAACUGAUAAUGCCCAUUCAGGAUAUACUUCUAAGCGUCAUUCAUUACAAAAUAAAUCUCUUCACUACGAUUACAAUGCUCUGACUACAGCAUAUUCAAUGCCUAAACAUAAUUAUAUUGAUGCAUCAACACAAUCAUCUUCAUCAACUUCAUUAUCUAAAGUAGCUGUAGCAGCUGUAGCGGCUGCUUCAUCACUAACACACCUAUCUAAUAUACCAAAUCAAAUUGAAAUCCAACAUUUUAAUGAUACUAAUCCUAUUGUUAUCGAUGAAAAUUCUAUCUCAGAUAGAUAUAUACCACUGAAAUCCUCACCAUCAGUAGUAAAUAUAAAUACACAGAAUAAAGAAGAACACACUGAAUCUAAUUUACUUAUAUCAUCUUUACAACCGAUGAUAAAUAAAACAUAUUCAGCUGGGUAUACAGUUGAACAACAACAAACAACAUCAAUUCAUACAGGAUCAACAUCUACAUCUAUACUUUCAGGAUCUGUUAUGUUAAAUAAUUGUGAGAAUAAUGCAGGUCAAAUACCAUUUAAUCAUACAUUUAAUAGUAGAAAUACUGGUGAGAGUUGUACAUCAUCUGAGACACUGGAAAUCAGUUCAUUAACUGGAUACUAUCAGUGUAGAGAGUUAAACAUGAAGAAAACAACAGGAUAA